AGAAAGAUGGAAAAUUCAAGUGGUGCAAGGGUGACUUGUCUUAUAUUGAGAAUCCUAACGUUCGUGUUUCUAUUCAUCUCCUUUUUCGUUCUCGUCACCACUUCCCAAACGGUUGAAUCAGUAAAGUUUCAUUUCAACAACUUCCAUACAUACAGAUAUGUGCUUGCUACGAUCAUCAUCGGGAUCGUAUUCAACCUCUUGCAAAUCGCAUUCUCCCUCUUUAACAUCGUUAAAGGUGCAACCGGUACCAUACUAUUUGAUUUCUUCGGCGACAAGUUUUUGUCAUACCUUCUAGCCACAGGCACAGCAGCUGGGUUUGGACUAUCGGUGGAUUUGCAAACAUUAGACCCAGAUGACUACUUUGGAACAUUCUUCGACAAGGCAUAUGCAGCCUCAGCUCUUCUUUUGUUUGCGUUCUUUUGUUCGGCGGCGGUCUCUAUAAUCUCUUCCUUUGCACUCUCGAAGCGACCUUAAUUAAUUAAUCUUUGG